CCUUGUAGGAAAAAAAUCACAGAUGAAGCAAGCAGCUAACGAUGGCACAGUCAAAGGCUCUCUUAGUGCUGGAAAAUUUUAUAGGUGGCAAAUUUGUUCCUUGUUCCUCCUACAUAGACUCCUAUAAUCCAUCCACCGGAGAUGUCUAUUGCAAGGUGCCAGACAGUGGCAAAGAAGAGGUGGAAGCUGCUGUCAAAGCUGCCAAAGAUGCCUUCCCAGUUUGGUCCUCAAAAACUCCAUUGGAAAGAUCUCAGAUCCUGAACAAAUUGGCAGACCUGAUUGAACAUGACCUGGAAGCAUUUGCACAAGCAGAGUCAAAGGAUCAGGGGAAAACUAUUACGUUUGCCAGAACAGUGGACAUCCCUCGGGCCGUGUACAACUUGCGAUUCUUUGCCUCUUCCAUCCUUCAUCAUGUCACAGAGUGCACCGAGAUGACAGCCAUGGGCUGUGUGAAUUACACCUCGAGGGCACCGGUGGGAGUUGCUGGUUUGAUCAGUCCUUGGAAUUUGCCACUCUAUUUGUUGACCUGGAAAAUUGCUCCUGCCAUUGCAUGUGGAAAUACUGUGGUUGCCAAGCCAAGUGAGAUGACUUCUGUCACAGCUUGGAUGAUGUGCAAGCUCUUGGAGAAAGCAGGGGUACCUCACGGGGUGGUGAAUAUGGUGUUUGGGACGGGUGCCAAGGCGGGAGAAGCCCUCGUCUGCCACCCCGACGUGCCGCUGAUCUCCUUUACGGGCAGCACGCUGACGGCCCAGCGGAUCACGGAGAAAAGUGCUCCACACUGCAAACGGCUUUCGCUGGAGCUGGGAGGCAAAAACCCUGCCAUCAUCUUCGAUGAUGCCGACUUGAGUCAGUGCAUCCCCACCACCCUGAGGUCCAGCUUCGCCAACCAGGGUGAGAUCUGUCUCUGCACCUCCAGGAUCUUUGUUCAGAGGGGCAUAUACAACGAGUUUUUGAAGAGGUUUGUGGCAGAGGCCAAGAAGUGGAAGACUGGGAAUCCCUCAGAUCCUACAGUCAACAUGGGAGCACUAAUAAGUAAAGAGCAUCUAGAAAAGGUAAGGAACUAUGUGAAGAAAGCCCAGGCUGAAGGAGCCAAAGUCCUCUGUGGAGAAGGAGUGGAUUCUUUGGCUCUCCCACCUGACAACCAGAAAGGCUAUUUCAUGUUGCCCACAGUUAUUACUGAAGUCAAGGAUGAAUCUUGUUGUAUGCAAGAAGAGAUCUUUGGUCCUGUGACAUGUGUGGUAGCAUUUGACACAGAAGAAGAAGUGAUCACAAGAGCCAAUGGUGUGAAAUAUGGCUUGGCAGCCACUGUGUGGUCCAGCAACGUGGGACGCGUUCACCGGGUAGCGCAUAGGCUACAGUCUGGAUUGGUGUGGACCAACUGCUGGCUCAUAAGAGAUCUGAACUUGCCAUUUGGUGGGAUGAAAGCCUCAGGCAUAGGAAGGGAAGGAGCAAAGGAUUCCUACGAGUUCUUCACUGAAGUCAAAACCAUCACAAUAAAGCACUGA